CUGAGCUCGGCGAGCUGCUCACGAGUGGCGACUGUCCGCCGGCGGGCGGUCCGGGCCCCGGGAGCGCGGACGCGGGGCGCGCCUGCCAUGGCUCCCUGGGUGGGGACCGAGCUCUCGGCGCUGAACCCGCUGCGUGCCGUGUGGUUCACACUGGCCGCCGCCUUCCUGCUGACUCUACUGCUGCAGCUCGUGCCGUCCAGCCUGCUCCCGGGCUGCGCGGUCUUCCAGGACCUGAUCCGCUAUGGAAAAACCAAGCAUGGGGGGCCGCCGCGCCCGGCCGCUUGCCAGGCCUUUGAUGUGCCCAAGAGGUAUUUUUCUCACUUCUACAUCAUCUCAGUGCUGUGGAAUGGCUUCCUGCUUUGGAGCCUCACUCAAUCUCUGUUCCUGGGAGCGCCUUUUCCGAACUGGCUUCACAGUUUGCUCAGAAUUCUUGGGGCUGCGCAGUUCCGAGGGGGUGAGCUGGCGCUAUCAGCGUUCUUAGUGCUGGCCUUUCUGUGGCUGCACAGCCUGCGACGUCUCUUCGAGUGCGUCUACGUCAGCGUCUUCUCCAAUGCUGUGAUUCAUAUCGUGCAGUACUGUUUUGGACUGGUCUACUACAUCCUCGUCGGCCUGACUGUGCUGAGCCAAGUGCCAAUGGACGGCAGGAACGCCUAUGUGAUAGGGAAAAAUCUCCUGAUGCAAGCUCGGUGGUUCCAUAUCCUCGGAAUGAUAAUGUUCAUCUGGUCAUCUGUCCAUCAGUAUAAGUGCCACGUCAUUCUCGGCAAUCUCAGGAAAAAUAAAGCAGGAGUGGUCAUCCACUGCAACCACCGAAUCCCUUUUGGAGACUGGUUUGAAUAUGUUUCUUCCCCCAACUAUUUAGCAGAGCUCAUGAUCUACAUUUCCAUGGCUGUCACCUUUGGAUUCCACAACUUAACUUGGUGGCUCGUGGUAACAUACGUCUUCUUCAGCCAGGCCCUGUCUGCUUUCCUCAGCCACAAAUUCUACAAAAGCAAAUUCGUCUCCUACCCAAAGCAUAGGAAAGCUUUCCUGCCAUUUCUGUUCUAAGAUAACCUCAAUCAGGUGACAGGUUCAAUUCCUAAAGACAAGUCUAGAGACCAAAGUACAGUUUCUGUGGAACUGUUUAAAACUCUCUGUUCCAUUUCUGUACCCAAAAGUCUUCACUGAAUGAGCAAAGCAAUACCUCUCAAAACAAUGAGUCUUCCAAGAAGAAAUACUUCUGGCAGACCCGGAAGUGCUGUGUCUACUUUCUGAGAUGCGUUAUAACACCAAUCAAGUGCUAAAAAGUAGAUGAGACUUCUCCAAGCUGCUUCAGAAACAAACUAACCAAGACAUACAGACAGCUUCAGACGUACACAUAAAACACACACACACACACACACACACACACACACACACACACACACACACACACACAAAGGAAGAGAGAAGGUUAUCUGUGGACUAUAGAGCAAGCAGUAUAGUGGGUGCUCAGUAAGUGCUUGUUGCAUUUCAGUCAAAGCAGAAUAGCCUUUAAAAAUAACAACAAUGUGUAAUUGCACACCAGUGGAUUCAGGGAAAAAUGAGUUUGUUGGAGUUGGUUUAUACCUUUACUUAUUGCCACAAAGGCUUCCAGUUAUGUAACCAUCAGUAAUCAUCUCCCCCUCAAAUCAUAGCCUAACAAAAAGUUUGAAACCUCUUUUAUUUAAUACUUUUUUGACAGCUUUUUCAAGCGAGUACCUUAAAAUAAAAUAUUUUUAUAUUUAUAUCUAAAAAGCCUUCAUGAGUGGAACUGAGUGACACUCCGGAUUGGGUAGUGCUGUAGCCUCAUUCAUAUGUUGUUAUUCACAUUGGAUUAAUGUCUGUCUGGGUUUCUUUUAACUAAUAGAAUGGAUCCAAAGAUAUUUUAAACUAAAGUUUACACUUAAAAUAGCCUAUGUUAAAGAAAAUGCCCAUGAUCAAGUCAAGUGGAUAUAAAUGCAUGGUGUGAAAGUAGAAAAUAAUACCGUAGCCUGAGCAUCACAGUAAAAACUGCAUAUUCAUGCAGCAUAAGAUUUACUGGCUGAUUGGGUGAGGUGUUAACUUUGUUCCUUUUAUGCAGAUGUCUUCUUAUAGUGUACUGGGUACUAAGGUUUUGCACUAAGAUGUACCAUGCUCUGGGGGAAAGAACCUUAUUACUAACCAGGCCCAUAUGGAAUGCAGUCUAAGAAUAUCCCCCACCCCCAUCCCUGGAGGGGUAAACCAAAGCUGUUAAACAGACCCUUUUAAUGUGAGUUUCAGUGUAUGUGUAUCAGCGCAUAUUGUGAAGUUCUUAGAAUUCUGAUGUAGACUUUUCUCCCUCAACAAUCAAAUACCACUUCCAUCAGCUGUGCAUUCAAAUAAAUGACAUACUCAUUUCAUUUAUCAUUUAGAUUUGCCAUCCUCAGGACCAAGACUCAGGAACAAAAUUCGCUACGCUAGAAUUGUGAAGCAUUUUACUUUUUGGUCUUAAUGUCCACAUGAAUGGCAUAAAUGAUUUUUAGUAGCAUAUUAUUGGGAGAGAAAAAUGUAUUUUGCUUUUGCAUGCAGUUUUAUACUAGGUUAGACUAGGAAUUUGGCUGCUGUUCUGGAAUUUCAUUGUACUUUUAAGUAAAAUAAUGAGCAUCCCCUGUGAAGGAUCCUGUCGCGGUGAGAGAGCGUUUCCAGCUUGCCUCGCAGUCCCUCACACACUUCUGUCUCCUGCUCUCCCUUCCCCCUCCUUGCCCAAACACUGCAUUUUUAGGUGAAUACAAAACAAAAGAAAUAGUGAUGUCCUCAAAGGGGCUCAGAAGAAAGUCAUGUGGUCUUUGAUGAAAGCUCAGCCACAGGGUAUAAUUGAAAAUUGUGCUGUGCUUGCAAGAUCACAGGCAGCAUUGCUCUUUGUGUUAGUGAAAAUAUUCCAUGUGCCUAAAGGGAGAGCACCAGAGAGUUUGCAAAUUCCUCAGAAAUAGCUUGGGGGUGGAGAGUCUUGAUUUUCCUAUUGGCUUAGUUCUAAAGCUUUAAUCUUUCAUUUUCUGUUACUAUUAAGUUUGGGGAAGUGAUACUGAUUUCCCAUAACAGCGUUGCCUGGAUUAACUACUGACUGUAAAAGUGCUGAAAAUAGCCUUUGUCUUUAAGUCUCCAAGUUGUAGCUCAUCCUCUUUACUAACAUUUGCUUUCAGUUAGCAUGGAUUAUUUUAUCUCUGCAAAGCUUUGUUCUAUAUUAUGUUUUUAUUAUUUGGUUUUUUGAGGGGGGUAAUUAAGUUUAAUAAUUUGUUUAUUUUAAUGGAAAUACUGGGGACUGAACCCAGGACCUCACACUUGCUAAACACACACUCUGCCACUGAGCUAUACCCUCCUUCUGUUCUGUAUUAUAUUUUUAAUUCAAUGAGUGGUUAUUGCUAGAGUUCCUACCCCCCCAAAAAAGCUUUUGCCAAUAUUUUAUAUGAAGCUUAAUAGUUUAAAGAGACUGUAAAUAUCUGCAUAACUAAAGUUACCUGAGAACUCAAGGAGCAUUCAUAAGCAGUGUAUCUCAAAAUGAAUUGGUAUAUUAAAGGAGAUCUUAAAAUAGUAAA